AUGUGCACAACUGUUUUGUGGCUUGCGUGUGUUAGCUUGUUGUUUUGUGGCUCUCUGUGCUGCUACCAGUGCUUUGUUGAUGUGGAGGACAGUCUGCGGCUGUGCUGGGGCCACGUUCUGACUGAGGACAACGUUAGAAACGUCGAUGAGUGCUUCAGGAAGCUGGACCGCAUCUUCAACACAAACGAGACGGUGAUUGAGGCUGGCAGAGUUGGUGAAGGCUACGACAAAAACCUUAAGGAGAUCCUUGAUGCAGAGAUUCUGCCCCUGGCUCAAGAGUUUGACCAAAAGUUGAACAGCGAGAGCGUGUAUGAGGCGAGGCUGCAGACAGCAGCAGACAAUUUCAUCGCAGCUGCCUCCAAACUGCCUAGAGUUUCUGGGUGUUUCCCCCCAUGCGUUGAAGAGAUUGCAGUUAUAGAGAAUAGCAGGAGCCGAAUGUGGUGCGAGGUGCCAUUUGCCCUGCCAAGUGAUAUUGAGGUGAUCUGGAGGUUUGCAGAAGAGGUCAAAACCCAAGAAAUGGACCAGUUUAAGGAAGUGACUGCAGGAGUGGACAGGCUCUAUUCCAUCCCUUCCACCAGCACGCAGCAUCAGGGCACCUACCAAUGUGAAAUUUACUCUGGAGCUCGCUCCAUCGUCAGACUGUACUACUACAUCUCAGUGACCCCCCAGCUCGUGGUGGGCCGCACAGAGCUGCAGGAGUUAUUUGACCUGUCUCUGCUCCCAGGAGGACAGUUUCCCUCCAUGCCUGAUGCUUCUCCCCGCUCCUUCCAACACCUCCUCCUAUUUCUUCUCACCACCUGUUUAACCACUUCAAUGCUGCUGCUGUUCUUCUCCCUGGGGGUGCUGUGUUGGACUUCAGUGUCAGAACAAACCCACCCUGAUGAAGACUCAGAUGAAGAAGAUGAUUAG